AUGGUCCUGGGUACCACCGCCACCUCGAUUUCGCCACCGUCAAAUAGUGCACGUUUGAUUCCUGGAGCUUCGGUGAACGAUACAAUUGGGGAUGGUUCAAACGGUGGUCUAUCUUUGGCAUCUGCCUUGGCUGGCAUUCUCGGUCUAUCUUUCCCUUCCGCUGCUCUAAUUCCCAAUGGUAUCCCUGUCCCCGUGGCUGCAGCUAAUUUGAUUAGUCCAUUCACUCCAGACUUGAUUGAUCCAAACAUUUUCCGCGCCAGUCCAUUUACUCAACACUCUGUGAAUAAUUCUAGCAGUACCACAAUUACCAAUACAAACCAAAGUGAUACGAAUAACAGUCCGGUUUCUUGUAUCUUUUCCUUUGGCCCCUCAUCAAUACCAACGGCUCUGUCCUCGGCUCUGAUCGGAACCACAUCAUCUGCAACACUGGGGAAUACGACAUCAUAUGCCUCAUCAACGGUCAAUAAUACAACCACCACGACUUCCUCCACUGUUCCAAUGCAGACUUGUUCGGAUGUGUCCUCUGAAACCGGAUCAGUACAAUCCCCGUUCGCUUCGACUCAAUUCAGUCAAACCCAACCGCAUUCCGCCAAUGCUGCUGGUACAAAUAAUCUAUCCGAUGGUGGAAACAAAAUGUCCCUAGCAACUGGUCCAAUCGGUGUGGAGACGAUGGAUUUCGAUUCGUGCGGAUCUUGUUUGAGCACAGUCGGUGAUCGCGAUCGGGAUAGAAAACAAAGAGAAUUUAUUCCGGAUUCGAAAAAAGAUGACAAAUAUUGGGAACGACGUCGAAAAAAUAACGAAGCAGCCAAGCGAUCCCGGGAAAAGCGACGUCAGAAUGACAUACUUAUGGAGCAUCGAAUCAAUGUGUUGAACGCGCAGAAUCAAAAAUUACGUCAGGAACUGAUGGAGCUGAAAUUGCGUUACGGUCUCCCAUUGGAUGACACCGAACCAGUCUCACCGGACACAACAAAUCACUCAACUCAGAUGAGCACGCCGACAAAUCAUGGUAUAUCAAACAACGGUACCUCAUUUUUAUCUACCGGGCAUGGUGGAGAAUUGUACAAAUCGGAAGAUAAGAUGGGGCAGGAUGCUGCACCUCAGACUGCACUCAGUGAUGCCUUUUCGCAACCGGAAUUGGCUUCGGUCGAUGGGUGUUUGGUUACGGAUGACGGACCGGAUCUUCUUGUCAUGGGGAACGAUCCGAAUUCGGCUCCCAUGACUCCACACUUAGUGUCUGUUACCAAUUCCGACACAACUGCCACAGACAAUCCGACGAUCUCACCUCAUUUGACUAUGACAAAUAAUGGAACUGCAGGUCCCGGAAUGAAAAAUGGUCCAUCUAUCGCUAUUAGUCCCGUCCCCUGUUCACUAUCUACCAGCACUCCAUCUAUCCAACAACCGAUCGAUUCUGCCGAUUUGGCCGCUCUUAAACGCAUCUUUUCCACACUAGCACCGACACUCGUACCCGACUCGACCGAACCCCAGACACUCAUCGAUCCGCAAUUGUUGAGCGCGUUGGGACUGGAUGCAACUGCAACUGCAUGGUUAUUUCGUCAAGCUUUGCUUAACCCACGUACCACAACUCCUGCGUUCCCGGUUGUCGAUACCAAAUUGACUCCCGUGAUAAUGAACGGGACGCGGUCGAAUCGGUUGACUUCGGCCGAUUCUCCACUUGCGUUUGCCAGUUCCCCCUUGGACAAGGUGAAUGCAUUGAUCAAACUGCCCGUAACGUGUCCCCCCGUAACACCGAUUCGAUCGACUGAAUCCGUGGAAACUCCCCUCGAUUUGAGCUUGUGCAUGGCUGCGGCCGUAGCCAACACCACAGCCUCUUUGAUCGUACUGUACAACAAAAUGACCGCGUUGUAUCAAUGUAUGAAAUUCAUGUCCCUUGGGGUGAUUGAAUGCCUGCUGGAGUACAUUGUUGCUGAAGCAACUGCCUCACCUUGCAGUCUGUCUUUUAAUUCAAAUAUUGUUUUGGGUUGA